AUGGCCUUAACGAUACCCUCAAAUGCUGCCUUCUAUGAUAUUAUUAUUGAUUUCACAAUUGAACCAAAUGACGCUUAUUUUCGCCUCUGUCUAUAUCGCACUUUUAUUACUAAUGAANCAUUACUUCGAACUACAUUAGAAUAUACAACAAGUAUUGGUGGUAUGUUUACAUUACGUCAGUAUAAAUUAUUUGAUUAUCCACCUUUCUAUAAAUCUGCUGAAAUGAUAUUUCAACCACCUGCAGCAAUCUUCACUAAACGUGUUAUUGAUCAACUUGAUCCAGAUAAUACAUUUAUUAAAUUAGUAUUUGCAAUACUUACUUUCUCGACAAUCAAUUAUACUAUAUAUAGGAAGAACGUUCAUACUAAUUUCAUAAAUAUCACACAAACCUUACUUGUACAAGAUAUGUAUACUGAUGUAACAUGGCGAUAUCUUCUAUACAAGUAUGGUUAUCAUCAAGCUGUGAUACGUUUUUCAAAUCUUUUAAGAUGUCUUUUUACUGUAACUGCAGCCGUUGUUGAAGCACAUGAAUCAGAAAAAUUUACAGAAAUGAUCGAUUCCGUUAUUGAACAAACUGAACAAACACUUUGUUUGUAG